AUGGCACUAGCCAUGGCAGUUGAGAAAGCUGGUACUACAAACUUUGGCUUCAAUAACACAAAUGUUUUGGCCAAUGCAACAGACCUUGAAGCACUUGGCGUCUCCAAGAAUGGGCCAAAACUCCUUGAAUCAUUAUCAGGAACAUUCAGAGGUCUUACAGGAGAUUACACGUUUGUUGAUGGACAAUUGCAGUCUUUAGCUUUUCAGAUAGUCAAUGUGAAUGGUGAUGGAGCAAGAGGGACUGGAUUUUGGACACCAGAGGGAGUGCCGGUGAAGAAUCGUUACAGUGACUUUGUAAAAGUCACAACAGAUCCAAGUACCAAAACAACAACAGUCACUGGUUGCUGCAUUGAUGUCCUCAAUGCUGUAAUGCAAGUAUUGCCAUAUGCUAUCAGUUAUGAGUUCAUUCCCUUUGCUCUGCCUAAUGGCUUUAGCGCCGGUUCAUAUAAUGAUAUGAUCUAUCAAGUCAAGCUUUGGAAAUUUGACGCUGUGGUGGCAGAUACUACAAUUGUGGCCAACAGAUCACAAUAUGUGGACUUCACAUUUACCGAAUCUGGAGUAUCAAUGAUUGUGCCAUUCAAAGAUGACAAGAAGAAAAGUCCAUGGGUGUUCGUGAAGCCCUUGUCAUGGGACCUUUGGGUUACAACUGCUUGUUUUUUUCUUUUCAUUGGAUUCGUCAUCUGGGUCCUUGAGCACAGAAUCAAUGACGAUUUUCGCGGCCCGCCUGAGCAUCAAGUUGGCACAAGCUUCUGGUUCUCCUUCUCCACCUUGGUUUUUGCACAACGGGAGCGAGUGUUGAGCAAUAUGGCUCGGUUUGUGGUGAUUGUGUGGUGCUUUGUAGUCCUCAUACUAACACAAAGCUACACGGCUACCUUGACAUCACUCCUCACAGUGCAAAGUCUCCAGCCAACUGUUAACGAUGUAGCGGAGUUGAUAAAGAGAGGGGAAAAUGUUGGAUACCAACAGGGCUUUUUCGUCGUGGGGAUCUUGAAACAAUUAGGUUUCGAGGACAAAAAUCUACUGGUUUAUGAUUCUCUAGAAGAAUGUGACGCCCUUUUCCAAAAUGGAACUGCAAAUGUGGGCAUAGCUGCUGCUUUUGAUGAAGUCCCAUACAUUACAUAUAAAUAA